AUGGACUGCAUCAAGACCGAACAGUCGCCACGGGCGGCUGCAACUGGCCCGGAGCCCAACCAGUCGAGCUUGGAUGUCAUUACCACCCCGGCACCCAACUCGAAUGUAGCCGUCAAGAACAGCCAGUCUCCCUCGCCGUCUUCGGCUACCUCCAACAGUCAAAGCGCCUCGAGGAGGCCACCACGAAAGAGCACCCUGACCCAGCAGCAGAAGAACCAGAAGCGCCAACGUGCCACUCAGGAUCAGCUGUCAACGCUAGAAUUAGAAUUUAACAAGAACCCCACGCCCACAGCAAAUGUUCGAGAAAGAAUCGCCGAAGAGAUCAACAUGACGGAGAGGUCUGUUCAGAUCUGGUUCCAGAACCGACGCGCGAAGAUUAAGUUAAUGGCAAAGAAGAACAUCGAAGCAGGCGAAGACAUUGAUUCCAUCCCUGAAUCCAUGCGACAAUACCUCGCCAUGCAGGCGAUGGAGUCAGGCAAGGGAUUAGGAGGCACGUUCCUUGGCCGCACCGGUCUGGUUCCCUACGGUUCAUCCAUGAUGCUCGGCGGUGACCAGAGCGGACAGGGCAAAGUCCUCAUCCACCAUUUGACUUGUCGUUCCCUGAGCAUUGGCAAGUGGACUCGUGUUGGGCAAAAUACCAUGGAUCUCAUCAUCUUCUACUCGCCCGAGAAGUGCACAAUGACGUAUUACAUUAACAACGACCAGGCCGGUUACAAGAUUGAGUACAACUUCAACUCGAUCAAAAACGUCUACCUCGAAAACCCCGAGGGCGACGCCAACAAGCUGGGUGGUAUUGUCAUUGAGCUGAACCGACCGCCAAGCUUCUUCAUGGACUCGUCUCCCAACUCCAACGGCUUCUUCCAGUGUGGUGACUUCACGGAGGACCAGCAGGCCUCCAACUGCUUCGUCCAUCAUCUCGGUGGCAAUCCCAAGGUCCUCAGCGGCCAACUAGCCAAGUUGGUGUCCCUCGAAUCGUUCAUGAACCGCCAUAUGCCCAACCCCAACCCCUACAUUGACCAGGGACACGCCUUGUCUGUGUCGGCCCCAGUCUCUCCCACUGGCCGUCCUUCGUCGCAACCCAACUUUGCGCAGUCUCAUGUUGGCAUGUUCCAGGAAUCGCAAUGGGGCGUCAACCCAGCCCAUGCUAGCAUGCGCGGUCAGGGUCACAAGAGGCAGCGCAGCAGAUCCGUUCCCAUGCCUGUCGAUUUCUCCAUGUUCCAGAACCCGAUGCCCUCGUUCUACAUCCAACAUCCUGGCGAGACGCAGGGACAUCCUCACAGCCCUGCCAUUUUCUCGCCAGUUCCCCAGCAACCUCAUCAGCUCAGCCCUGUGGGACCCAAUCUUCGUAUUGAUACACAGGCUGGCUUCGGGAUGGAUUUCCGACAAUACCCCCUCUCUGCUGCCACCACUGCUCCGUCCGAGUACUCGAGCCCCAAUUACUUUUCCCAAGGACCCGAGAGCACACCGCUUCCCGCUUCCAGUUACAACACCCCAUAUAGUAGCACAUUCCUCUCACCCAUGCCCGCGAACAUGGGACCGCAAUCGGUUUCGCCUCUGCCCUUUGGCCACGGUGACCCUGCCAUUGUUGAGCAGUCUCCGCCUAUGGGCAUGAUGCGCAGUGCUUCCGCUGACAUUUACCCCAUGGGUGAAUCUGCUAUGUCAGAGGAUGGCCACAGCUUGAACGAGAUGUACUCGAAGCACACCAUCAAUAUCCCAAUGCACCCUCACUCUCCCGCUUACGUGGAUUCCAACCAAGGAGACAUGGACAUGAACCAGCUGGUGCAGUUCGACAGCAUGGACCACGCCAGCAUGUCGCCCGAGCACAUUCAGCAAUGA